AUGUUUCUUAACUUUACAAAGUUUUUAUCCUUUCAGGUUGAUCUCAUUGACAUGAUGCAUUUGCCUGAUGGUGAUUACAAAUAUAUUUUACAUGCCAUCGACCACUGGAGCAGAUUUAAUUUUGUUGCACCUCUAAAAAGCAAAGAAGCAAUUAACAUUCGUGUGGAAUUGGAAAAGAUUUUCUGCUACUUUGGUCCGCCCAGUAUCUUUCACUCUGACAAUGGACGUGAGUUUGUGAACAAAUGCCUACAUGAAAUGCUAGAGUCAUGGCCAUCAGAAGUGCAAAUAAUACAAGGGAGACCACGACAUCCUCAAAGUCAGGGCAUGGUGGAACAAGCCCACAUCAACGUGGAGACUAAAAUAGCAGCCAAAAUAACAGAAUUAUCUGAAAAUGAAUCUGCAGAAUGGAGCAAGUGGCUGCCACAUAUUUGUUGUAGGCAACUUGACUUUCAGUUGUAUAAUUAUAAAAAUAUAACUUGCAUGAAAACCUACCAUGUAUACUGUGUAUUUCUUAUAAUAGAUGCCAUCAAUACUCAGAACCACAGUGCUACUGGUAUAUCACCGUAUGAAUUGGUCUUUGGUCAGCGCCCUCCUUCUGCAAUCAUCCCAACCACAGGAAAAUCUUCUAUUAUACAUGAUCCAAACUUGGAUAACAACGAGGACAUAGAUUUCCAUUCACUGCCAACAGAUGAACAGCAAAAGCACAUGGUAGCUAAAGGGGGAAAUACAGAUGAUGCAGAUCUGCCUAACACAAAAACUGAUAACGCUGAACUUUCUGCAGCUGUGGAAUUAGAAGAGGAAAAUGUUAACCAAGUUGCUACUGACAAUGAAGAAGAUGAUUUUGUUACAACAAUGAACCGUCAUAAGAAAGUGCGUCAACCUGCAUCGAAAAACAUUAAAUGCGCUCAAAAUAUCAUGAAAGUCAGGUUUGAGAAAAAACACAAAUCUAGGAAAGCAUACUUUGUUGUUGGAGAUAACGUUUCUGUCCGCAUUCCACCAAAGGAUAGGACAAGCACAGACCUACUUCGUUUGCCAUGCGUGGUUAUUGAAGUGACAGGUGAAAAAAUGAAAUACUAUAAACUUUUAUCUGAGUUUGGGGUGCUGAAUUGUACUUACAGAGCUGGUGACUUGGAAAAGUAUGAAGGUCACUUUGACAUAAAUGUGGAAGAAGCAGAAAAUAAGUGUAUUUCUCUGCGAAGUGCAAGCAUUAUGACAAACAGUAGAAACAUCACAAAGACAGCCUCAAGGUGCAUGUGCCACACGUCUUGCCUCAUUGGAAAAUGUAGGUGUCUUAAAAGAAAAAGAACAUGCUCUUCAAAAUGCCACCCUGAACAAAGUUGCAAUAACAUGGAAACAAAAAUAAAGAAGAUAAGGCAAGUUGAAGCACCCGGAAAUGAUGCUUUACUUGCACCUUCGUUUGGUGGUAAUGUUGAAAUUGAUGGGACAUUCACAACAUUACAAAACACAUGUCCUGUUGACACAUGGCUAGCAUUAUUGAAAGUGGUACUAUGCUGUUCGUCUAGCAUGAAAGAACAAACACAAAAGGCCUGUGGAGAAAAAACAAAAAGGCUAUUUGAUUUCAUUGAUCAAAACAAGUAUUUAGAAGCCAAACUUCAAGUAGCCAAUGACCAAAAUGUGAAGUUACCUAACUAUAAAUUAUAAAAAUCAGAAAUGUAUACAACUAUAUUUAAUAUAUGUUUUUAGUAUAUGAAGACACAACACCCCUAGUACAAGACAAACCAGUGGAUAUUGUUGAAAGUGAAGCAAAUACAGGUACACUACAAGCUUACCGUGACAUGGAUGAACAUAACAAGCGUAAAAUGCUGUUAUCUUGGUUUGUUGGAUCCGAGAAUGCCUCCCUUAUUGUUAGCGAAAGUGAAGAACCAGAUACUACAAUGCUUCCUAAAUCUGCA